ACUUGUUACCAGAAGUUAAAUUUAAUUCCAGCUCCGUUGCGACUUCGUCAGUAAUGGCGAAUGUUAUCGGGAACGAUACAGUUGUUAUUGUGGUAGCAUUAUGUGUUUGAUUCAUAAGAUGCAGACGUUGUAGCAAGCAAAAUGUCGGAAAAUCAAGAGGUGGCCAAAAGUGAACAACCUGAAGGGAGCAGACCUCUCAGCGUUGCAUCUGAAACGUCAUUGGAAUCACAUACAGAUGCAACUGCAGAAGCUUCUCAGCAGCCAACAAGUAAACAUAAAAUUGAUAUUCUGAUGAAGGCAACUGGAAAUGCCCCAAUUCUGAAACGGAAAAGAUGGGCUGUUGAACCAGAUAAAAAAAUUGGAUGGAUAACAGAGUUUUUUAAAAAGCAUUUGAGACUUGAGAAGUCGGAAUCUUUAUUCCUGUAUGUCAAUCAAGCUUUUGCACCUGCACCUGAUAAUACAGUGGGAAAUCUUUAUGAAUGUUAUGGAAUUGAUGGAAAGUUAGUCAUACAUUACUGCAAAAGUCAGGCUUGGGGUUGACACUCUGCAUAAAUAGUAACUUUAUUUCAGCUUUCGUUAAAGGUCUCUCAGGCCAAGGUUUGGUGUGUUGCUGACACACAUUCCAAUACUAGCAGGCCACUGCCAAAAAGGUCCAUUUUAUUGUAUUCCAAAAUUGGGUGGUUUGCAGUUCCUCCCAAGAUUUUUUAUGUGCAUAUCAUCCCAAGGCAUGCUAGACAUUUAUUAAAAUGUAUAAUUUGUUGCAUUGCUUGUCAAUAAAUUUUCCAAGAUCGGACGUAUAGGGUAAUGCAGAAAUAAGUAAACCAAAUUUCUGCUGUACAGUUCCCUUGUAAAUAUAUGUGUGUGUAUAUUUAUUGAAUGUAAAGAUGAUCAUUACCUGAGGUUCGUAGUUUUCAUGUCUGUGAUAUUUUUCUUUACAGUGCAUAGAGCACUGUUUUGUUUUAUUAAUUGACUCGCCUAUUCAUAUUUACUCAUGAUGUCAUUCAGUGCUAAAUCUGUCCUGUGUAAAAUAAAUGUAGUAGUUUUUAUAAUCUUUGAUAAUGGAUUGAAUGAAAAAU